AUGGAAACUUUGGUAAAUGAAAGAGACAUUAAUAUAAAGAAUGAAAAUAGCAAAGAUAAUAAUAAGGAAAUGAUGAUAGGUAUGUCACAUAUGAAUCAUGAUGAUCAAGAUUUAAUUUACGAAAAGAAAGAUGAUAUAGAAAGUCUUCGUUUACAUUAUACGGAUCAAGAAAAAUUAGAUGUACCAUCACUUGUUGAGAUAUGUAAACAACAAUUGAUUGUAAUAUUAAAAGAUAUGUGUUCAGAUUGUAGUACAACCGAUGAAAAGACAUCAUUUUUAUAUCAUUUAAAUAGACUAAGAAGUGCUGUAACGGUUGUGGAUUUACAUAAUUAUAUAGCUGUUUUUGGUCCAUGCCUAAGUUAUAAUAAAUUACCCUCAACAUGGAACAUAUCUGUGUGCGAUUAUUUAAAGCAGCAAUUAAAUAUAUUAAGAGCAGCUGAUUCACAACAAAACGCUAACAAUAAUAAUAAUAAUAAUAAUAAUAAUAAUAAUAGUAAUAAUAAUAAUAAUAACAAUAAUAAUAAUAAUAAUAAUAACAAUAAUAAUAAUAACAAUAAUAAUAAUAAUAAUUAUUUAAAUUAUUAUGAUAUAAAUAAUGAAUAUGAUGAAAUUAUGAGCGAUAAAAAAUUUCUUGGAAUAAAUAAUUUUACACAUGUUAAUUUAUCAAAUAAUGCAAAUGGUAAUUAUAAUAAUAUUACUAAUCAUGCAAAUGCAAAUGCAAAUCCUACUACUUCUCAUAGUAACAUAAAAGGUAAUUCUCAUUUGAGUAAUGCAAACAAUGCUAUGAAUUAUCUAUAUUCUGAUCAAGAUAAUGUUGUAGAUGAUUAUUAUGAUUGUUUGAUGAGAACCAAAUUAACAGAAGAAACACCGAAUUCUUUAAAAUACAUGAUAAAUUUAAAAAACGAAACUCUAAGUAAUGCUGAAUUUGAAAGUGUCCUUUCUUAUUUAAAAAAAUAUGAAAUGAAAUCAUCUAAGGGUAUGAACAAAAAUCAUUUGGAAGAUGAUAAUGGAAUGGUGAAAUAUAACAACAACAAUAAUAACAACAACAGCAACAACAAUAAUAAUAAUAAUAAUAAUAUUAGUAAUAAUAUUAGUAAUAAUAAAGAUUGUGAUGAAUACGAUUAUCAGGAAGAAUAUUUGAAAGAUAAAGCAUUAUACGAUUCAGAUAUGGACGAAAAUACAAAUCAACUUCACAAUAAUGAACAUCAUACAAAUCAACAUCACGCAAAUGUGCAUCAUCACAAACAUCAAAACCAACAUCUCAAACAACUUAUUGAUCAUAACAAUAUGAUAAAUAAUAAUGAUAAUAAUAUUAUCAAUAAUAAUAAUAAUUAUUUAAUAAAUAACAUGGAUAAUAAUAAUAUUGACGCAAAUAAUAAUAACAACAACAACAACAAUAAUAAUAAUAAUAUUAAUAAUCUUUCUCAUUUAAUACAUAAUAAUAUGAAUAAUAAUAGUACACUCAUCAAUAGAAACCAUCUUAUAAAAUCUGAAAGAAUUAAGAAAGGUGAUGUAGGUACUACUACAUGGACCAAAUCCACGACAGAAGGACAUCCAGAAUAUUUACCAAGAAUACCAGGAGUCCGUUUCAAUCCGAAAAAACAACAGUGGCUAGCUGCUUGGAAUGAUAAUACCAGAGAAAUAAGAAGAUAUUUUUCUGUUAAGCAAUAUGGAUUUGAACAAGCUCGUAUUUUGGCUGUUAAAGCAAGACAGGAAGCCGAAAAAGCUGGUGCUCGAUGUAAACCUAUGUUCCAUGUACAUGGUAGUAGAAAAGCGGUAGAUGCAGCUAUAACAAAUGAUUUGUUACGAAGUGAAAUGGAAGAAAAUUUUAACAACAUGCACAUGAAUCAUAAUAAUAAUAAUAAUAAUAAUAAUAAUAACCAACACCAUCAUCAAAAUAAUAAUAGUAAUAUACAUCAUAAUAAUCAUCAUAUGCAUAAUAUGAAUCUUAACAUCAACCCUAACCACCUAGGUCAUAAUAUGAGUCAUAACAUGAAUCACAAUUAUAAUAACAAUAAUAAUAAUAUGUAUAUAAAUAAUAAUAUUAAUAAUAAUAAUAAUAAUAAUAAUAAUAAUAGUAAUAGUAAUAAUAAUAAUAAUAAUAACAAUAUUGGAAAUGAUGUUAUACAUAGAAAAGAAACAGUGAAAGUUGAAAUUAAAGGAGUUAAAAGAGGUAGAGGUAGACCACCAAAAAGAAAACUAAGUGAAGAAUCACAAAUGUUAUUAGAUGAUAUGGAACAAACAUUAUGUAGAAAUAAUAAUGAUAACAUGGAAUUAUUAGAAUGUAUGGAAGCAUAUGAUAAAGAUUGUUCUAGGCCUAUGAAGGGUGUUUCAUACAAUGAUAGAAAGGGUUCAUGGCUAGCUUAUUGGUCUAUUGGAAAAAAUUUCCAGAUGAGAAGAUUUCCUAUUAAAAAGUUAGGUUUUGAAAAAGCUAAGGAACUAGCUAUUCAAUGUAGAUUAGAAGCAGAACAAGCUGGUGCGACAACUACAGAAAAUCGAACCAAACGUAUGAGAAAUUUAUUAACACUUAAUUCUGAAAAUGCAUUAGAAAUGAUGAUAGAUCAAAAUUCAAUAGAUAAUGAUGAUAGUAAUAUACAUCAACAUAUGAAAGAGAAGGGGGGUGGAAUGAAUGGAAAUUUACGUAUGUCACGCAUGCAAAAUUAUGCUGGUGCAGGUAUAAGUGGUCAAAGUGUACAUCAAACAAAUAAAUUACUUAAUAGUGAUGCAGGUCAAGAUAGCGAAAAUGAGUUUUCACCUACGAAAAGGACAAGAGCACCACGAGGAAGAAGAAUGGAGAGUUUGACAGCUCGAGCUAGUGCAUUAACACCAGUUGAAGGGGUUCGUUUUGAUCCUUAUUCUUAUUCUUGGUUUGCUAAAUAUUUAGAAAAUGAAAAUUCGAAAGAACCCAAAAUUUCUAAGUAUUUAUUGAAAAAAUGGGGUUUCAAUAAGGCUCAUAGUUUGGCAGUUCAUACUGUAAAAUGUGCAUAUAAGGCAGUUCCAUUUACAGAUGAGGAAUUGGUAAAUAUAUUUAAUGUGGAUGUUAAUAAUUUAAUAAAUAAUCAGAACAAUAUGAUUAACUUGGGAUUCCACGAUGGAUUUGGAACUAAUGGACUCAUGAAGACUCAGUUGAAUAAUCAGAUGACAAACCAGAUGACAAACCAGAUGACAAACCAGAUGACAAACCAGAUGACAAACCAGAUGACAAACCAGAUGACAAACCAGAUGACAAAUCAGAUGACAAAUCAAAUGACAAACCAGGUGAAUAAUCAGAUGACAAAUCAAAUGACAAACCAGAUGAAUAAUCAGAUGAAAAAUCAGGUGAAUAGCCAUAUAAAUAGCCAAGUAGCUGGUCAUAUGAACGCAAAUAUGUUUAAUGGAAAUAAUAGCAAUGGUACUAAUAUGCUUGGGAAUAUGAAUAUGCUAAAUAAUAUGGUGAAUAGCAAUAUGGAUAAUAAUGUGAAUAAUAAUUAUAGUAAUAAUUAUCCAGGAAGUGGAAAUAAUGGAUUGAAUAAUAUGACAAGUUGUGUUAUGAAUAAUAAUGGUGGUGAGAUAGAUAUGGAUGAUAAUGAUAAUAUAGAGAAUAACGAUCAUGAAAAUAUGAUGACACUUGAGAAGGAAGAUAGUAUAAAUAAUGAUAGUAUAAUAACAACAACAACAGCAACUAAUAUAAAUAGUUGUAAUAAUAAUAGUAAUAAUGCAAAUUCGUUAUUAAAUAGGUUGGUGAUGUCUAACGGAUCGAAUGGUAAUACAAAAUUGAAUAUCAUAAAUAAUUACAAUAAUAAUAAUAAUAAUAAUAGUAGUAGUGGUGGUGGUGUUAUGGUUAAUAUAAAUAAUGUGCAUAAUAAUGAUAAUAUGAAUACCUAUAACAACAAUAAUAAUAAUAUUUUAAAUGAUGGUAAUAGUGUUGUAGGAAAUAACGAGAGUAUGAUUCAUAAGAAAAAUGUGGUAAAUUGUAUAAAUAAUGAUGUAGAGGACGAUUUAGGAAACAUGAAUAAUAACCAUAACAAUAAUAAUAAUAAUAAUAAUAACAACAAUAAUAAUAAUAAUAAUAACAGUAACAAUAAUAACAAUAAUAAUAACAAUUUGAACGUUUUUAUGAAUGAGCAUAAUAAUCCAACCAACAAUCGUGGUAUAUAUGGGAGCAAUGAAUCUAUAAAUAAUAAUGGACUUAUGGAUGAAGGUCGACUUAAUUUUAUUCAUACGGCUGGGAAACACGUUGAUAAGAAUAAUAUGCAGAGCGGUUCAACAACUGUAGUUAAUGUAUUAAAUAAUGAUGAGAAUUAUAUAAAGAGUAAUAUAAAUUAUACAAAUAUGGAUAAUAUGAAAAAUAAUGACAAUCCCAUAGAUGAUGAUAAUCCUAAUAAUAUUGUAGAAAUGAAUCUUAGAGUUGAGAAAAAUAUUUUAAAUAAUAAUAAUGAUGAACAUAUAAUAAAUAACACAGAAGAUAUGAUGUCUACAAAUAAUAAAGAGAAUUGUACAUUAAACGGUCAAAGUACUAUACUUAUGAAUAGUAAUGAAGAAAAUGAUGAAACAGCAUUAGAUACUAUUAUUCAACCCCCUAUAGAAAAAAGGAAUUAUGUUAAUAUGAUGAUAAAUGAACAAGGAACAGCUGAUAACAAUUCAAAUGUAGACAGCAGUAAUAAUAGUUAUUCAAAUAAUGUAUAUACUAAAAAUUUAAAUAGUAAUUAUAAUGGUUUUAAUAAUGAAAAUUCAAACACUACUACUAAUGAACAAAAUGAUUCCUCUCUUUAUUUUAUGAAUGUAAAUUCAGAAAUUCAAACAGAACAUUUAUAA